AUGACUCUAUCGACAAGAUCAAAUAAUGAUGAUCUUCCAUCUGAAAUUCCUCCUAAAAGAUUCAAAAAUACAGAAACUGAAAAGGUUGAUCUUGAUUCUUUAAAGCGAUGCUUAAAUCAAACUACAUUUACUGUUGAUGGAUUUGAUAAGUGGAAGAAAGUUCGAAAUGGAAAAGCUUGUGCUUUCCUAGGCCAUAUGGGAAAGGAUAAUGUAUCUUCACCCCAUCGUAAUGCUGAAAAGGAAUGUGAGGAUUUGAUUAAUCAAACACAACAUAUAUCAAGAAGAUUCGACAAUUUUAAUUAUGAACAAGUUGCAACUAAUCGUCUUCAAUUGAAGGCUCACAUACACGUGGUGUUGUUGCUUGCACUUCAAGGAAUUCCGUUUAGAGGACAUGAUGAGAAAUCUAGUUCAUCUAAUCAUGCCAAUUUUCUUGAAUUUUUGGAUGUGUUGACCAUGUACAAUGAUGAACUUUCAAAGGCAAUUGCGAAAGCUCCAAAAAAUGCCAAAUAUACAAGUCACGAUAUUCAGAAACAAAUACUUCAUGUGCUUUCGAUGAGAGUGAAAAAUACAAUUCGUGAAGAAAUUGGAGUUGCCAAGUAUUGCAUAAUUGUUAAUGAAGCCCGAGAUGAGUCAAAAAGAGAGCAAAUAUCUAUAGUAUUGAGGUUUGUGGAUAUUAAUGGAUUCAUUCAAGAACGUUUUUUUGGGCUUGUUCAUGUAUCUGAUACUGCGGCUUUAACUUUAAAGGAUGCUAUAUAUUCUGCUUUGGCUCACUAUAAUUUGGAUGUUCAAAAUAUUAGAGGUCAAGUCUAUGAUGGUGCUAGUAAUAUGAGGGGCGAGUUAAAUGGAUUGCAAGCUUUGAUUAUAAAAAAUUGUAAAAGUGCUUAUUAUGUUCAUUGCUUUGCUCAUUGGUUACAAUUGGCUUUGGUUGCAGCAGCAAAAAAUGUGGCACCUAUUCAUCAAUUUUUUGAUAGAUUAACUUUUAUAGUUAAUAUUAUUGGUUCUUCAUGUAAGCGUAAUGAUGAAUUGAAGAAUGCUCAUGCAUAUGACAUUGCAUAUUUGAUUGCUAUUAAUGAACUCGAGACAGGGCGUGGACUUAAUCAGAUAGGUACUUUACAACGAGCUAUUGAUACACGCUGGAGUUCUCAUUUGAGAUCAUUGAAAGGUCUAAUUAAGAUGUUUAGUGCAUCGUGUACGGUAUUGCUCAAGAUUAUGGAUGAUGGGCUUCCUUCUCAACGAGCAGAUGCAACAACUAUUUAUGAUGAAAUGACUUCCUUUGAUUUUGUAUUCAUCUUGCAUCUUAUGAAAGAGAUUAUGGGGAUCACAGAUAUUCUUUGUCAGACUUUACAAAGUAAGUCUCAGGAUAUUAUAAAUGCAAUGGAGCUUGUAUUAUCUAUUAAGAAUUUACUUCAACAGAUGAGGGAUAACAAGUGGGAUGAUUUGCUUGUAAAAGUGAAAUCCUUUUGUGAACUUCGAAAUAUUGACAUUCCUGAUUUCAAUGCUCCAUAUAUUAAUAAACGAGGUCGAGGGCGUGCUCAUCAAGACAAUUUCACCAUUGAACAUCAUUAUCGAAUAGACCUCUUUUAUGCUUCGAUAGAUUCACAGCUUAAUGCCCUAAAUCCUCAAAAUGCAGCGGAGUCUUUCAGAGUUGUGGAUAUAUGUAAAUUAGUUGAAAAGUUUUAUGCUCAGGAUUUUACCAGAGAUGAAAAAGAACAAUUGGAGAUGCAAUUGAAGCAUUACGAGUAUAACAGUGAUCGUACUUGUGCUUACUCUUCCGAUUUCUACGGCUACUUCAGAACGAUCAUUUUCUGCGAUGAAUAUUGUGAAAACAAGGCUUCGAAGCAAAAUGGAGGAUACUUUUCUCUCAGAUGCGUUAGUGGUAUAUAUUGA